UCUAUAAAUUUAAAAUAUGUUUCGAUACAUAUUUAUAAACACAAUAAAUAUUUUAUUUUAAUUCCUAUCAUAUCCGUGUUGUUAAAUAAGGUUGUUUUAUUAAAAUUUGAUCGCAUCAUUUGAAUUCUUGCUUUAAGUCACAAUAUUAAUACGUCACACGGAUCGAGUUGCGCAGCAGAUUACUACGCAGGAAGGAACUCGUCCGGUGCUAGUUGAUUGGUCGGUCGCACGAGAGGAAUAAUAAAGUCGGUUGCCCGGACGACGGGAUGAAGCGAUGCGUGUCAUUGCGCGCCGAGGCAGCCAGUCGUUCGCGAGAAAGAAAAGAGUGAGGAGUAUAUCAUUUCGGAAGUUAACAUGGCGUCGUAUCGAAACGUGCCACCACUGUGUACAACGAAGCAUUAAAAUUGCGGUACGAUAUGCGGUCUACGUCUGGUGUAAAAAAAUCAUUGCCAUUUGUCGAGUGAAUUCCCAAAAUUGUGACGGUUUUGUCGAAAAAAGGAAAACGAGGAAAACAAAAAAAAAAAAAAAGAAAAGAAAGAAAAAGGAAGAAGAAAAAGUACAACGAUCGUUUGGUCAAAUGACAUGGGAAUUUGCAGUAGGAGACACUUUCUAUUGACGAUAUGCAUUCUGCAACUUAUUACCACUGUAGAGCGUCAAGUUUUCGACUUUCUGGGGUUUAUGUGGGCCCCGAUACUGGUCAAUUUUUUUAAUAUAAUAUUUGUUAUUCUUGGAUUUUUUGGGAGCUUUCAAUACAGACCUAAAUAUAUCAUAUCGUAUUGCAUAUGGAACACACUUUGGUUAGGGUGGAACAUAUUUAUGAUAUGUUUUUAUCUCAGUAUAGGAGUACUGGAUAAAAAUAGUGAUAUUUUAAAUCUUGGUACCGGUAGUUUUUCCUGGUGGCAUGUUAAUGGACCUGGUUGUAAAGCUGUAUAUGAUGUUACUGAACCAGAAUUAUUCAGGCCAGCACGUCCCAGUAAUGUGACGGAUUGUGUACUGGAUUAUGAAGUAGUAGAAAUCCUACAUGCAUCUACACAAUGUCUUUUAGGGUUAAUGGCAAUUAUAGGAGGGAUUUGUCUAAGUAAGGUCUUUUUAGAAGAAGAUGAUAGCUUACAAAUUAAGAAGAAGAGGAAAAAGCAGCCUCGGCCGUUGUAUAGCAUCGAGUAUUCUCAACCAGAGCCUCCUGUACAUGACGAUAGUGUAUCACCUAAGCCAAUGACACCUCGAAGAGUCAAGAGACGUUCUGUGAUAUCACGAGAUGGUACACGUCGAUCCAGUCGAAGAAGUUCAGUCAGGCAAUCACGCCGAAAGAAUCCAGUUAAUCGGAUAAUGGACCAUCAGGAGAGUCUUUAUGCUAAUACAGCACCAAGUAAUUUAACCAAUCAAAACGUAAACUCUUUGUCUCAAGGAACAUUGAAUUAUGAUAGGAUUUCAGUAAGUUGGGACAGAGAUAGAAAUUCUAAUUGGCAGCCAGAAGCUGUGAACAUGGCUGUCUCUUCGCCAACGCUUUGGACUGGACAGGAUAGUAACAAUUAUUCAAACACAAGUAAUUAUUCCAAUCAGAAUCUCCCUAUCUGGGAUGGAAGUAGUUCAACGAGAAAUCUCACUGACAAUUGGCAAGAAAAUGAUCUGAAUACUAUGCAUUGGCAAGGUCAGAGCAAUCCAACUUUUCAACAGACUAGUACUCAAAGCUUGAAUGGCGAAGAUCUUGAAGAUUUGUAUAGCAAUCGGCCUGCUAGUGCUAGAUCAAGUUAUAGCAAUUAUCAUGGUGUCAGGGCUACACCUCAGGUACCUAGCAGGACCGAUAUUGUUAGGCAAAGUCAAAGACAAUUUGUUCUUAGUGGACCACCAGCGUAUCAGGAUACAGUGAUAUAAUAUUUUAAUAAUGUCCUAAUAGAAGCCUAGCAUCCAUUUUUUUUUGUUCCUCAUUGAAAAUGAGAAGGCUAGUUUUUUUAUCAUUUUGAUGAUUUUUAAAGCUUUACUUUGAUACGGACUGACACAAGAGGAAUAGACUUUGUACAGAUUUUAUUUAAGACUUUUAAGCAAACUCUUUAUUGUGCGUUGCUGUUGAAUCAGGCUCUUUUUUCUUUUUAGCAAUUUAUGUUUUUGAGAAGUUAGGAUAAUAACUUGCGAAUUUCAAAAUAUUAUAAAUUGGCUUAUGGCAGAUUUAUAUUAUUUUACAUAAAAAUACUUAUUUAAAUGUAUGAACUUUAUACUCUUAUCUAUUUUGGAAACAAAAGAAAAGAUUUCUAAAUUUUUAUUUAACAGAACAAUUUUUUAUUUUUUGAUAUUCACAAAUUGUGAUCCUAACUUCAAACAAUUUAUAUAUUAUACAGAGUAAUCUAUAUAAAACAGGUAAUCUCAAUAUCUUUUAUAAUAAAUAAUAAAAAAUAUUGGAACAAUCCUGUUUUUAUAGGUUUACUCAACAUAUAUACAUAUAUAUUUACCGACAUCAUGCCUUGAAUCUCAGGUUUUAGAAACGUUGAAAAUUUUACACCACUAGGGGUAUAUGCAUAUUAGUACAAUAUACUAUCAACGUAUAUUAUUUUUAUCAGCGAAUUUAACGACACCGCCAUUAUUGUAAUUUAGAAAAUAUUUCUCUAAACAUUCUCGUUAUCAUCUCUAUUCUUGAGAAUGGCUAUAAUCUUAUUCAUUGUGAAUGAAAUUUAACAAUUUUUAUUAUAUAUAUACUAUGCAUUAAAUCAAAACAUUGCACCUCUUAAGUCAUCUGUAAAUAAAAAAAAAAAAAAAAAAAGAGGAAAUAAUCUCUCACAAAAGUAAUCAAAGAAGA